ACCCAUUUGAUAAAUAAAAGGAUGUAUCAUGCCGUAGGAAUCAUUAUAUUCCUUUUCAUCCUAGAUGUUCAAGGUUCUUUACGGAACACUCAGUGCAAAAGAACACAGGAUUGGAACGGUUUUCAAUUCCAAUGCUCCAAAAAUCAUACAAUUUAUAUCAAACAUCAUAUUAUUGAGGAUGGAUUUCAAAAGUUAUCAAACUCUGACAUGUUCUUUGGAUGUCAAGAGACAGAUGCCCUUUAUUGUGGCGCUAAACUUCCUAUCAACCAAAAACUAGGCCAAAACAACUCCGCUUUUUCGGCAGCUGUCAGUGAUUGCAAUGGUAAAAUUCAGUGCAAUGUGAGUGCUCAAUACUUUAAAGACACUGAGGCAGAUCUUCGCAAAUUAUGCAGCCAAUCAAACCCAUCAGAAUUAAAGAAAGCCUCGUUUCGACAAAGCAUUGAUUAUGAAUGUAUUCAAGAUUACCAAGUUAUCGAUAUGUGCACCAACAGAAAUGACAGCAGAAGUCCCCAUGUUUAUCUACAGUUAUCUGGCGACUGGGGUAGCUGUUCGUGUGACAUCAUUGGUGACAUAUCACGUGUCAAUAUUUUACAGACAGACAUGGCUGAAGUGCUCAUCUAUAAUGAAAGUAGACGUUUGUUUCAGCACCAACACUCUAGUGUUAGUCUCUAUGGAGUAGAAGUUCAAGUGAUUACUAAGAAGUUGCUCAUUCAUAUACAGGGAAGAUCUGCAGCAAGUCGUAUACUGAUUAAAGUAUUAGGAAACAUGACAAUUCACUGCGAGGAGUUAAAGUCGAUGAGCACUCUUCAGGAUCAGGAUCCUACUUCUACGCCAUUAACCAGUGUAGAAACACAUCAGAAAGGAGAACAAAUGCUGAGACAUAGCUCAAUAGGACCAAAUGUAACAGAUGUGGACAGACCAUCUUUGCCUUCCACAAUGGAAACACAUACAAGUCAAAUUCUUCUAACAGGAACAGACACUGUCAAAUCAUCGAUGGCUUCACAGAAGGCAACACAAACAUCUACAGAUAACGGCAACCACCCAAAUUUACUAAACAAUAAGGCCCUUUUUACCAGCCUUUUCCUUUUUUUAACUGCCGUCAUCUUACUGGUCAUUUUUUUCCUUCUUCUUUCCGUAAUUCAGAGAAGAAAGGAUAGAGAUCUGCUGUUGGCAAUUCUUCACAAACUAGAAGAGAGUAAUGAAAGUAUACGUGAAGAGCAGCACUCCAAAGCGACGGAAACAAGCCACAUUCAAAUUACCGAAAGUGAAAGAAACUAUCAGGAAAUUCCAUUGCAGUUCUUGAAUCGUCCAAAGUCCAAUCGUCUCAGUAACCCUGUAUACGACACAGGCAGUCCGAUUCAGGAAAAUGUUUGUUCUAAAGAGAAACACGUCGAGUUUUCUAUGGCUGACUCUAUGGAUGUGCGGAGUGACCGAUUCCUCUUGGGGAGUGAUAAUGGGAUCUAUGAAUUGCAAAAAAGCUUCUGAAAAAAAUUAAUCUUGUUUCACCACAUCAAUUUAAUCAUUAUCAUGGAAUGUUCAAUGUACACAUCAAGCAUACGCACUUGUCUAGUUAAGAAAAGGAUUGAUUGCUGCAAGCAAGCAUACGAAUUUCUAUUGUAGAUAGGCUUGUUUUACUUCUUUUUUCUGCAUCUUCUUCAAAAAUGCACCAAAAUAAAAUAAGAGACUUUACCAAUUAAUAAAAAGUACCUUUGACA